UUAUCACGUUCACGCUCACUGCCACCAAGCUCGGUCCUCCAAUACCUAUAACUUCAAACCCACCUGCCGCCUCACAUUAUCAACCUCAUCAAAGACACUCAUACAUCACGACGACGACGACGACGACGACGACGACGACGACGACGCGCGCCGCCCGCCCCGCCCACGCAUCAACCCCAAUCCCCACAAAGACCAGAAUGUCCGAAAAGCCUCCCUCCUCAUCCUCCUCCGCCGUCGCCGCCCUCUCCCCCCUCAACCGCGUCACCUCCCCGUCCCUCAACCUCCUCCCGCCCAACUCCCCGCCUCGCCUCUUCGAGUCGGCCGUCGAGCACUUCUCCUCCAUCCCCUGGUGCGCCGCCCUCAUCCACGACCGCUCCGCCGCCGGUGGUCCCCUCCCCGGCAACGGCCAGGCGGCCAUCGCCUUCAUCUCGCAGUGCGUCAACCCCGUCAGCACGCGGCACGACCAGUACGUCGGGCGCACGCUCUCGCACGGGCAUCCCUAUGCCGCCACCGCUACUGCUGCCGGAUCUUCUCCUCCCACUUCCUCCACCUCUUCUCCUUUGUCUUCUUCCGACGAGGCGGGCGACGACGGGUUUGAGGCGGAGCGCGCGCGCGGUCCGCCGAUCCGUCACAUGCUCUCCCUCUUCCGCCCAGACGACGCGUCGCAGCUGCGUGACCCCUCGCGGCCCAUCCUGCGGGUCGCGUCGCUCUUCGCCCUCGGCGGCGGCACGUCGGGGUACGGAGGCAUCGUGCACGGGGGGCUCAUCGCCACGAUCCUGGAUGAGAGCCUCGGCUUCGUCAACGAGCUCAACACUGCACUCGGCAAGGAAGGUGACCUCUUCUCUGCGAGCAGCGUGACUGCCUCCCUGAACGUCAAGUUCCUCGCUCCGGUGACGACGACGGAAAAGGCCAUCUGCGUUACGUCUUGGAUCGAGGCGAUGCAGGGGCGGAAAACCAUUCUGAAGGCAGAGGUCACCAACGGAAAAGGCGAGAAGCUCGCCGUGGCGGAGAGCAUCUGGGUCGCCGUCAAGCCUCGGCUGUGACAUACUAGACUACGUCUACGGGCAAGUUCCGUGAGUAUUGCAUGUAGACCACAUAUAUCGGGGACUGGUAUUAGAAGCGAUAAACUACAUGGGGAAUCAUUGCACAACAUCAACAUCCCAAAAUCGGAC